CACAGAUAUGCAAAUGAUGGCUGAUGAGGGGUUUCAAUGCUUUCAUCUUUCUGCGGAAAUAACCAUAAAAUGUCUCUGUAACUUAUUGUUUCAGCAUCAUUCAUGAGUGACCGCUUUGUAAUUUAAUCGUCUUUUUUGAGCGAUUUUUAUACACAUAAAUCUGAUAAAUUAGCAUAAACGAUACUAUUUCAGUGGGCGCAAACGCAACUCAUGUUAACCGGACGGUAAACUACUUCGCCGUUUGUCUGUUUGUUUCAUUCAAGAGUAUUGAGCGCUAGUUGUCCCGUGAAACGAAACGGUAAAUCUUGCCGGCGGUACAGGCAUCUGAGGUCUUAAAACAGCUGUUCAGCUACGAAUGCCUGAGCGCUAAACAGAACAACUGGCGAAGAUCUACAACCAAACACUCACCGCUGUCGAAAAGAAUGGACUUUGACUUAGCGCUUGAACAGGUCGGAGAAUUUGGCCGUCAUCAAAAAAGGAUUUUCCUGAUUGUCAGCCUUAUUUCUCUUCCUCUCGCCUCUCAAAUGUUGAUUGUAGUAUUUGUUGGAGCGGUUCCUGAAUGGAAAUGUACUUCACCAAGUGGCGACACUUUACACUGCAAGUCAAGCGCUGACCCACUCUGCUGUGAUAAAGAUGGUUCUAUUUGUCGUGGAGGGGAAUUUUCGACAGGAAUCACAUCUAUUGCGACUGAAUGGAACUUAGUUUGCGGAAAUCGCUAUAAAAUUGAGUUAAGUCAGUCAAUUUUUGUGGCUGGGUACAUGUUUGGAGUUCUAAUCUUUGGUAUUUUAUCUGAUAAAUACGGUCGCCGAAGACCAUGGCUUUUCGCUUACACUGUUGGUGGUAUAUUAGGUCUAAUGACGGGUUUUGUCAGAACAUACAAAGAGUACAUUGCCUUGCGGUUUAUUUUCGGAGCACUGAAAGGUGGAGGAGGUCUUAUAACCUAUGUGCUGUCGACAGAAUCUAUUGGACCUUCAUAUCGAGGUAGGAUAGAACUGACAUCAUUCUUAAUCAUAACAAGGCAAUUUUUGACUCCCAAGACGACGAAAGGAAUGCGCUACCGAAUUUUAGACGCUGGCUGACUACGUCAUCCCGCGUAAUUAAUCAUACUUAACUUAGACGCUGUUUACAUGGAGUGGGGGACCCCGGUCUAGUGGGGUAGAUUUCUUUUGUUUUGUGUCCCCUAGAGCGUGAAAACAAAAGAAACCAACCUCACUAGACCGGGGUCCCCCACUCCAUGUAAACAGGCCCUUAUUCAUAGAUGGAAGAUUUGGAUUUAGCUCUUAUUAACCGAGCGAGAGGUCUGUAUGCGAGAAUAUUGACCGAGGUCGCCAGUACAGACCGAACGCAGUGAGGUCUGUACCAGCGACCGAGGUCAAGAUUCUCCCAUACAGACCGACCUAGCUCGGUUAAUAAGAUAUUUAUUAUAUGGCCAAACAUGAAAGCAAAGGAACAAAAACAUCAAUUUCGACCUCCUUCCUCGGCAGGACUCAAAUUUGCCAACGUUUACUCGUUUUCAUUACCUGCUUCCUCGUGAAGGUCCACUGAUUCUUCCAUUUAGUAUUAUUAACAGGAACAGGCCAAUUUUUUCAUAUUCUUUGUUUGUAACUUUUUGAGGACAACUGUUACAACAAGAUCGGUCUAGAUGCUGGUCUAGAUGGGAAAAUUUAGACCGCGGUCAAGAUUUGUUUGUUUCCAGUCCUUUGAGACAUGGUCAUAUUCAGUGUACAUUGUACUCACUAUCUGUCUUCUCAUUGGCUUAGAGCCGUCAGUUAAUUUUUUUCAAACCAGAGCAAACUACAAAUAUUUACUGCUAGUAAACGGAUUAGUGACUAAUUUGUAUAUUGUCCGCGCAAAUUACGAUUUCCAAGAGCAAUGUCAAACUGCUUUCCGUGUGAUGGUGUGAUUGUCGUUAUUUUCUUCAAAACAAUAUAUAAUAAUAAAGCAAUUAGUAGAUUAGGUUUUAGUGAUAUCCUGAAUUAUCAAGGUAAAUGUUAUCAGCCUAGGCUUACCUCGACCUUGAUUUUUCCGGAUAUCGCAAAAAUCUCAUCCAAUAAUUGUUAAUUAACUCUAACGAAAUAAGCCGAGUCGCUGACUCUUCCGCGGCCGUCUUCGCGUAACGCGUAACGCGCACGGCUAGUCAGUCAGUCGGUCGGUCCGCCCGACUGUCAUAUAAUGUAGUACUUUCCAAAACUCAUGAGAGACGACUGCGGACGUGUCAUUGCGGAGAGUACUAUUGAGUACUAUUUUUGACUGCAAAUGAGUCAGGGAGAGUAUGUCGUAAUUUGUAGCACCAGUUCACGUCGUUUCUUUGACAUGGAGUGACCAUGGAUGUUGGGUCAUCCUUAGUAUUGUGUUACUGAUAUCCAGGCAUAUAGCCUAUUCAAAGAAUUUACGCUAUGUUGUCUUCUUCUCUUUUGUCAGGAACUGCAGGUAUUUGGCAGCAGGCGUUUUAUCCCUUUUGCUAUGUCGUUCUGGCUUUAGAAGCUUACAUCAUUCGUGACUGGAGGACUUUAACUGUCAUUUCCAUUCUUCCCACGUUAAUGGUUUUAUUGAUUUUUAGAAGUAUUCCAGAAUCUCCAAGAUGGUUACUGUCUCAAGGGCGAGUCAAAGAAGCAGAAGCUAUAGUAAGAAAGAUUAAGGAAGAAAAUGGUUACGGCAAUGGCGAAUUGAUAUUCCUGAAAAUGGAAUCCAAACGGGCUAUAGCACAAGGAAAUAAUUGCAAGUAUGGGACAAUCGACUUAUUCACACACAAGUCUGUGCGCGUCAUCACAAUAAUCAUGAUGUUGUCAUGGUGCGUGAACAGUAUGGUGUAUUAUGGACUUGCCUUAAAUGUUAAAAACCUGGAAGGGAACCUAUAUCUUAAUUUCGCGCUCAGUAGCUUGAUAGAGUUACCUUCGUUUGCUUCGACACAGUUUCUAUUGUCACGUUUGGGGCGCAGACUAAGUUUGUUUGUUCUUCUCUUGGCUGCAUGUUUCUCUUGUUUCCUGUGUGCGUUUCUGCAAUUUUAUGGCGGACAAAAUGUAACUGCAAUUUCGAUUACAGCACUUGGAGGCAGAUUUUGUAUUUCGGCAUCUUAUGCCGUGUUGUAUGUUUACUCUGCAGAGCUUUUUCCAACAGUUGCUCGCAAUGCAGGUAUGGCGAUAUCCAGUUUUUCUGCCAGGGUUGGAGGAAUGGUUGCUCCCUUUAUUGUUCUGAUGGGCGAUCACCACAUCUCUCUGCCAAUGUUUGUUUUUGCCUGCACGGCUUUGUUUGCCGGGAUAGCAGGAUUAAAAUUGCACGAGACACAAGGAAAACGGAUGCCGCAAACAUUUAGCGAUCUCGAGGAGAUUCAUUCAAGGAAAGCAAGUACUAAUGGUAAUUAACUAAAAUGCUUAAUACCGAGUGUUUUCUUUAAAAAGGGAAAUUCUGCUGGAGGGAUUACUCAGUAAGGGUGGUGGUAGAGUUUUGGAAUCAAUAAUGAGGAACGGAUACGCUGACUUAACCAGUUUUUCUGCUCGAAACCUACUUCAUUGAGCUACACAAUACUCUUUUCAUUUAGUUAUCACUUAAGCUCAGAAAGUAGUAAUGCAUGGGUGUGUUUAGGAUUUAGAGGGAGCUUAGGGGGCCACUCCCACCCCUCCCCUUUUUUUCUGAGAUUUUGCUUAAUUUCUAAAGAAUUUCUUUUCAGAGUCUUUUUCUCCCGUUUCUCACUUAACAUUGUUAGCAGGUUUUUGUUCUUUAGUUUCCUGGUUAGGGCACCUAGAUUAGCUCAUUGACUAUCUGCGGAGCAAGGUCAUUAUGUAAACCAACCUUUGAAAGGCCAAUUAGGUCUUAUCUUGUAAUGUCUGGUCUUAUUUGUUUGACUCAAGAUUGUAUUAUGUCAAGAAGCUAAGUGUGCAGUCCUAAAUGCUUUAUUACAAGACUUGAUCUACCAGAAAGUGUGAAACAGUAAUUAUGUAAUGUCAUUGGAAAACUCAGUUUGUCUGCAGGCGAUAAACACGAAGUUAAUAUAACUCUUUGAAGGAAACACCGUUAUUCUCGUUAUUUGCAUGUAUUACUGACAAUAAACAAACAGA